AAUCUCACUUUCCCCCCCCUUCUUUCUCUCUCUCUCUCUCUCUCUCUCUUGAUUAUUAGUACUUUUAAUGUCUUCCAACAAGAGAAGGCUAUUGAGAACCCUAGGAUGUGGUUGUAGCAAACCAAAGCCCUCUGAGGUAUACGAGCCAAUCCCAAAACCCAAAAUCUCUAUUUACAAAAACAAAAACCCUAGCAGCCUCACUCCCUCCACCACUUCCGGCGACCUCUCCGUCGACGAUGACGACGACGACGAACACUUCACUUCCACCAGCAUCUCCGAAGCCGACACUCAUCACGACCAUAACAAGAACAUCACCACCAACAAGAAUCAUGGUAUACCGAAACCUACGACAAAACUCGUCGACAGCAUCGCCGUUGAGAAGGAAUCGAAGGAUCCAUACAACGAUUUCCGUUAUUCGAUGCUGCAAAUGAUCUUUGAGAGAGAGAUCUUCUCAGAAAUCGAUCUUCAAGAGCUUCUCGAAUGCUUUCUUCAACUGAAUCCUCAGUGUCACCACCAAGUCAUCGUCGAAGCCUUCAUCGAAACAUGUGAAGAAGCAUUCCCUAAGAAGUUUGGUGGCGGUUCUGUUGCUGAACCGUCUCGCAGGAACAACCACAUCAUUCGAACGAGUCGGUGAAUGUUGCUGAUGCUGUAACUCAACCUUGCGCAUACACGUGUGGCGGCCAUGUGAAGGCAUUGAAUUCGCACGUGGGAAGAAGAAGAAGAAGCUGCAUGGAAACGUCACGGUUUCAAAUUUGACUCAUCAUUCAUUCAUUUAUUCAUAUCAAUUUUCAAUUAUGAAGGCUGGGUUGGAAGCAGUUGGGGUUACAUUCAAAAAUUUAUCUAACCGUGUAUUAUUCUAUCACAUUAAUGAGUUUAAUAACUCAUAUGUUAUUAAAUUCAUUAAACGAUAUAAUAAUAUUUAUUAGUAUAUAGCAUUCAAUAUA